AUGGGAAGCUACAAAAUUGAGCAAUAUGUUUUCUUAAAGGGCACAGUAACUUCGGAACUGGGCAGUGAUGACAGUAGAGGUAGUGGUGAAAAGGGUGGAAAUGGUGAACAGGGUGAUAGUACUAUCCUCCCGCGUGACUUAGAAGAACACGCUCACAUUUCUGAUCAGCAGAAUUGCUCAAAAAGCACCCUGAUGGGUAGCGACCGAGAGUGCAUAAGCGCCCGGGUCAGUGAAAAGUCGGAUGCAGAAUUGGAUACAAAGUCAGAUGCAAGGGCGCAUUCAGGGAAACAUGUAAGGUCGCAUGCACAAUCGGAUGAGGCAUCGGAUACUGCGCCUGAUGCGGCAUCGACUGUACUUCUUGAUGCACACCCCGAGGAGCAAUCGAAUUUUCAGCCCGAUCAAAACCAAAGGAGAAAGGGAACAGAUCUCAGCCAAGAAGUAAAAGAAAAAAAAAUCCAUUUUUUAAACAUCAGCAAGGAGAGUAACACAAUAGGAAGAGGAGCAAACUUAUCCCUUGAGUAUCACCAUUACCAGUCCCCUUUUCACCCCAAGGAAAAAUGUGCGACGCCAAGUACAGUCAAAUAUGAUACACUGCCAGGUGAAAAGGUUAGUCCCCACUGUAGUACUCCUACACAGAAGAAGGAUAAUGUGAAUAAGAGUAACUAUCAUGAAUCGGAGGAACAAGAAGUGCUUCUUCAACAUUCUGAUAAAAGAAAAACAAUUAAAAAGAAUUGCGAAAUGGGCAGUAGCGACAUGAUUGACUUAAUUAUAAGAUUGCAUGGUGACAGAUCCCCAACAGAGGGAAGUUGGAAAGGAGCCGAGGUCAAUGCGGAUGUGUGCGCUGUUGUAAAUAAUCCCAGAAGCAGGGGCUAUUACGUUACUAAAGAGGAGCGGAAGCCUGCACACUCCGCGGGGCAAAGUGUCGCAGAAAAGGAACCCCCAAGUGGGAGGUUAUUCCCCGAAGGGGCAUCCCCCUAUAAGAACAUAAAGGAUGGAGGAAAAUUUUUUUUGAAUACCAAGGCGAAUGAACUGUCACAUGAAAAGGACAAAAUUGUGGAUGGUGUUUCUAACGUUGAAGGGGGGCGUGCCGAGAUACCCCAUUUGAGUGACAGUGCACAUUGCGAAAAUGAAACCGCCAUGUCGAUGAGGUUGACGACCCCGGUGAGCACCACCACGCAGGUGACUCGAGUGACGAGGAUGAGCAGUUUGAAGAAGGCGGAGGAAACAAAAGGGAAAGACCUCACUAACAGUAAUGAUAAAGAAUUAGUAGUAGGGAGAAUUCAAAAGGAGGGUGACAGCCCUAAGGGAAGGCACCAUCCGAAGAGGGCGUUAUCGAGUGAGGCAAGUUCGUCAUCAGAAGGUGCUGAUGCGAAUGGCGAUGUGAGUGGCAAUGGAAGUGGCGAUGAGAAUGACGAUGGAGACGAUCAUUAUGAUCGCCAUGACGGUGGAGUGCUGGAUGGGGCCUCGAUCAGGAGAGGCUUCCCCUCGUUGCACAUCCGAAGCAGCGGAGCAGAAUGGAAAAAUGGCUCCCCAGUUAGUGGACAUAAGUGCGAUGGGAACGUUAAGAGUAAAAGAAGCGACGUCGAUGAAUACAACGGGGUCAGAAGAGUCCGUGGGGAAGGAACAACCCCUCUGGAAAAGGAAGGAAGAAAAAAACACCCCAAGUUUUACAAAGGGACAUGUGAGGAUUCCAGCGAAAGUCACAGAAUAAAUAGUAGUUGCUCUGACAAGGCCGCUAGCACGAGGGAGGACUAUUACAAAAAGGGUGUGCAAAGCGAGUACAGACUUAGGGAGAAUAGGCAAAGCAGACAAGGCAAACAGAAGAAGAUGAGCCAGCCAAGUGAGCUGAAUCAGCUACAUCGGAUCAAUGAGUCAUAUCAACAGAGUCAACCAAAUCGGCCAAAUAGACGAAGUGAUGCCCUUACUCUGGAUGUGAAGAACAACUGCCACACGGGACAAGAACCGAGAACGGGAAGAAAUGGAAAAAGAAACUACCUCAAGAAGCCAGAAAUAGAAAUGGAAGAUUUCAAAAUGCGCAAUGACAUGCAAAAAGAGAAUAAGAAUAGGGAGAACAGCACCCUCCAUGAUGAACUGCACCAGUGGAAAAUGGAAGGUGGUGGUGGUAACUCUCAUGACGAGGGGAAGAGCCUCCAAGGGGGGCCGAAGGAUGGUAAGAAGAGAAGAAAUAUGUCCCUAGUGAACGGAGGGCACAGAAUUAGGGAAGUGGAAGGGACAUGGAAAGAUCAUAACCUGAUACACGCGAGGAGGAUGAUGAAAUUGGGAAGGCAGACGCCGAAAAGAGAUGUAAGAAACGAGCGCGACAGAAGAAACCAGACCAAGACAGAGGAGGACAAAUGCAGUCGCUACGACGAUGACGAAGAGGACGAGGAUAAUCAUGCCCAUGACAAUAAGAGUGACUAUGAAAAUGACGCUGAUAGCAACAGUGUGGGCCGAUUUGACAGGCGAAGCGAUCGAGACGUGCCCCGGGAGAAUCUCGCGAAUGGAGCUCAUCAUAACGACGUGGGAGAUGAAGAAGAUGCUGGUGUCGCUGAUGGUGUAGUUGAUGGGGAAGCGGCGGACGAGGAUGACGUGAGUCAUUCGCGCGAAAUUCAGAGGAACAUCGACUACAUCAUGCAAAACGACGAUAUAGACUUCUCCCGGAUCAGCGUGAAGCCCAGCAAGAAUUACGUCAAAAUUAACUUAUUUAUUGAUCGGUACAUACUGAGCUAUAAUGAACUUGAGAACAGCGAGCUACUGUUCUGCUUUGGAGAAUCCAGUGAAGAAGACGUGAUGACGACUAGGAGGAGCUCCGUGAAGGAAGGAGGUGAGGAUGGAGGCGAUGACAGUCAAAACGAUGGACCACUGAGUAUGAGAAAAAAGAAUGCAGCUUCAUCAUACAAGAAAAAAAACAGGCAACAGAAAAAUAGGAAAAUAAAUUACUAUGCCAUUGAUACCAUGUGGCAGCCCCACUUCCAUCCACACAACAAGGAAUUUAGAGUGAGGUACCGAUACAAAGGAAGCAUGAGACUGAAAACGAUCUCGUGCAAGCACUAUGGUUACUUGCCCAGUAAAAAGAUAUCGAUACUAUUCUUGUUCAGAUGGCUACUCUGCGGUAAGUACAUUGCAGAGAAAACCAAAAGGUCAAGGUUAAGCAUCACAGAUAUUAAUGAUUGUAAUUUACCUGACCUUCUCUCAAAAAAGAGAAAUAAAAAUAAUGGCUACAUGACUGACGAUGAAUGGAAAGCUCUGGAAGAAAAAAAAAGCAAAGAGUUUUACGAGCAUGUAAAUAAAAUCAAUAACUUCCUGAUAAGUAACUACAAAGAUGAUACCUUUGUGAAUAAACUGAAGGUAAUCAUUAACGGCUGUGACAAGCAUUUUAAGAGGGAGGAGGUGCUGAAUAUACUUAAUCAGUGUCUGCGGGAUAAGUUGACCAGCGAGCAGCGAAGGGAAUCUCUGAUGCGGGGCGAUGGCGGCAUGGUUGGCUGCUCGGUCCAAAGCGCGGUUGCAAGAGCGGUUGACAGUUCGCAGGGAAGUUCGCCUAGUGGAGGGAACACAAUGAGGGGCACAAUGAGAGGCACAAUGAGCGGCCGAAGAGAACAAAGGCGUGAGCCGAGAAUGGAACAAUUGCCCCGCGCGAGCGCCCCCCCGGUGAACAGCAAAAAGAGGAAGCGGACAUUCAACCAAAGCGGCGACCCAUACUGCAAAGAGAGCAUGGAUGAUGGAAGUAUCAUCCAUAGUAGCAGUGGCAGCAGUAAGGGAAGCAGUCACGGAAAUAGCCAAGGAGGUAGCCACGAAGGUAUCCAUAGCAGCAGCAGCAUUGGCGACAGCAUGGGGAAGGUCAUCUUUGCCAGCAAGAAGAAGAAGAAGGAAUCCUUUUUCGAAAGGGCCAAUGGUGGUAAUGAAGGUGCCAAGGUGGGUGCAGCACAGGUGAGGAAGAAGGACGAAAAAAACGCCAUGUGGAGAGGAGGAUACAACAGACAAAAUAGAACCGAUGAAGAAAAAGGAAAUGGGGAUACGCUUCACGAUGUCCGAGUUAACCGCAUUGGAAUGAAGUACUUGCCCAUGCAUUGUGCUGAAACGGAAUUGAGCGAUGAAGGCGGGGCAAAGGGCGAUCGUUCUAGAAACAGGAACGCAGAGUUGUGUGACAACAAAAUGGUAACCAUGCAUCACGGGGGGAGUUUAUACCAUGGGUGUGACGAGGUGCACGGAAGGAGCGCAAAUUUUCAGCCCAACGGGAAUGUCGUCCAUGGGGGCUUCGCCAAGGCUAGAGAAAGAAGCUUAGUACACCAGGGCAUCAGCGGAGGAAGUGAGCGCGGCGCAAGCGAGCGCAGCCGAGUGGACUCCUCUCCUUCUCAUUCCCCAGGCAGUAAGUACCUUGCUAGCUACCCAUCCUACGCAGAGCUGGAGAAGCUAUCCAAUACAGAAGAAAUCAGGGAUUGUUAUAACUCCCUCAUAGAGCUGAAAAAGUCCCUCUAUAUCCGAAGCCACCACAGAGACAUGGAUGACGAGGUGAGCUACUCAAAUAUCAACGACCAUUUUAUGGAGCUCCUGAAUAAGGAAUCUCGCAGGAGCAAUAAUAGCAGCAGUAAUAGCAGACACAAGAGAAAUUCCAAUGAUUCGAUGGAUCCUGAUGUUACUAAAGAGUCUGACGCAUUUUUAUUUGCUAUUUAUUAUGCCAAUCGUGAGAAUGUCGCAGCGAUGGGUUCAAAGAGGGGAGGACGAGGGAUGUCCCCCCAUAGUGAAGGCACAACAACCCCUAGCAACAAGGCCUUAUCUCCAACCACGUACGGUGAAGCCAAUAGUCCAUCUGAGCGAAUGCAGAAAAUCGAUUUUAACAUGAAUCAAAAAAACACAGAAAUGCCAGCGAAGCACAGCUGUACCCCCCUCCAACAUGAAAAUAAUUAUCUGAAUGCAUACCCUAAUUUGAACAAUGUGAAUGGCUCGAAGAAAAUAAGUAACGUCUCUACGUGUCCUAGUUUGGGCGUAAGUAGCUACUCUGUGGGGAGCCCCACACAAGGUGAUAAAAAAAAUGUACCGUCUUGUUCCGUGUCCAAUGAAAGGAAUAAAAUUGGCAAAGACGUCACCGAUGAGGAGAAAUUGGACUAUGUGACGGAGCAGUUAAAGACGAAAUCAUUGAAUAUGGUUGAGGCAAGAGAACUGCUUAACUCAUUCGCAGAGAAGUAUUCGCAGUUUAUUUUUUCGGACAGGAGUGUAUUUUUGAAGCAUGUUCGGGGGGAUGGACAGGAGGCGCAGCGGCAGACGCUGGAGGGCACUGCAAAGGGUACUGAAGAAGGCAGUCCAGAAGCGAAUCACCAUGAGUUGUCCUCCUUGGGAGACGCCUCUAUGGACCCCUAUCGCUUUAUAGACAGACACAACAGCAUCGCGUCAGAUAGGUCUCCCAAAGGUCGCAACCUUGUGGGCGCCGAUGAGAACGAGCCUAGGCACUUCCCUGUGCGAGAAAAAAUCGUCCUAGGAAAUGAACACAGCGUGAGAUGCAGCGACGGUCCUACCGAACAACAACGUGCGUACCAGAAGAAUCCACGAGGGGUUUUGUUAUUCCCCUCACAAGAUGCUAAUUCAGGGAAAGGUGACUCCCCCCGGAGUAAAAAUGAGCCGACGAGCGAAGGGGUGCAGUCAGAACGAGAAGCAAAACUGGAAGCAGAGCCACAUGGCAGUUUAAAAAAAGGAGACGUUUCUGGCGAUGAAAACAUCAAGGACAUAAUUGACAUUCUGGUAAAGAGCAAAUACCUGCGCGAGGCCAAUUACGACGAUUCUCUGAGCAGCAACGUCGAGUGCUCACAUGAGCGCGGCAGAAGUAGCCCCCGCUGUUUGUAUUGUGCCUGCAUGGCUAGCCUAAAUCGUAAGGGCGUAGAAAUGGAAAACGAAGGCGAUUGCGUGGCUGGAUCGAAUUACAACCACGAGGUGGAAGAUGCAAAGGAGGUUGAAGAUGCGCUGAAAGGAAGUGACCAAAAGGAUGGGCACCUACACCGGGACGAAGAUAACGUGGAGAGGCACCCCCCCUGCGAAGGAGAAGAAAAAAACAGCUUAUGCAAUUCGUCCUGCCAUUACUGCACCUUUUACACUAAAUUGUUAAAGAUGUUAAGGCAAAAUAAGGGGGUCGAAAGGGGGAACGGGUAUGGGAUGAAUAAAGAGGGCGACAAUGUCGAUUGGCACAUCAGGAAGCAUUUAAGUAACAUUGAGGGUCCCAGUUUGAUGAGGGAGGACUGCAGUGAGGAGAUGUUGACGACACAAGUGAAUAGCGGUAGUAACAGCAUCCCUCCCGUCGAGUUGUGCAAUCGUAUUUUUAACUAUAUGAUGCAAAAGGGAGGAAGCGAAAGGGUCGCUCGUGGCAGCGCGAAGGACAUGCCCGAUCGGAGUGAACAACGUCGCGGAGAAAUGGAAGAUGGCGCGAAGCAACGAGCGAUGGCUGAUGCCAUCCGGAGCGGUACAACAACCGGGAGGAUUAAGAAAGAUCUGAUGAGCGCCUUUUUGCAGGAACUGUUUAGUUCGGUGCCGAGAGAAAACCCUGAUGUGAAGUGCUGUGCCAGCUUGUCCGAGUACACGGAAGGGAUGAGGGGGCGGACUCACAACGGAGAAGAUGAAAACGGUGAGUUCGCCGACUAUGUUGGAGAAAACGCUCGACGGUAUAACCACAGCCACGGUCGCCCCAACAACGGCGUGCAGAACUUCCCCCGAAGUGUCGCCUUGAAGGACGAGUUUGAGAGGCCACCCCUGCAGAACAUGCCAUACAUUAAAACAGACGUACAAAGGAAAAAAGACAGCAACCGCUUCGCCAGGCAAGCACAAACGAACGAAUUUCUACCCCUUGGUGAAAAACAGUCCGAAUUCAUAAUGAACAAGGAUAACUUUGAGUUAAUAACAAAUUUUAUUAACGACGUUAAAGUGAAGAACUACAGUACGUGCGGAGAAAUGAAGGACCAUAGGACCUUCCACGACAGAGAAAACAGCAUCACGGAUCAUAUUCUGCCUCGGCAGAGCAGCAAAGAGAGUAGGCUGAAGAAGAAGAAGAUGAAGAAGACGAAGAGGACGAAGAAGCAGAACCGGCAUGAUAAUCAAAAUAAUAAUUACGCAGGACAGGGAAGCGAAAAGGAAAGCCAAAGCGAAAGCGAAAAAGAAAGCAUAAACGAAAGCGAAAACAGCGUCUUAAGUCCUUCUACACGAAGAACGCUAAAUGAGAAAAUGUUUAAGGUAAAAAGUAGUGACAAUUUGAACAACUCCUUGCUCGUCGACUCGAUAAAUAAUAACGUGUAA